UGGUGCGAGGCGGUCGUGUGUGCGGAACAUUCGCCUUUCGUGAAAGGGCCCCAACUACCUGAUCGUCAAUCGAGACUCCCAACGAAAGCAGUUCGAUAGUGGCCAAAUUCGUCGGUAAUAACGCCAGAACUGAUCCAUCGGCUAACGGUUACCGAGUUCGAAAUCGCCCAGCCUCUACGUAAGCGUAGCGCAAGAAAGCAUCUGAUCUGUUCAGCGCGAUCUGAAGAGCGACUGGAUCUCUCAGUCCGUGGCUCGGUCUCAAAGUCAGCGGUUGUCGUGACGCUCCAAAUCCGAACUCGAAUCCGCCUCCGACUCCGUUUCUUUUAUUUUCGAUCCUGGCACUCCAGGUGAAGUAACACAAAUACGAUGGCCGAAUGCAGUGCAAAGAGUGUGCCAUCCUCGAAUCAUCACUAAGAAAUUCUGUGAAAGGCGAAGCACGUUGAGCCGAGUGCAAUUGAAAGGCUCGCGUGUAAUUUGUUGGUCCAUCGAAACUACUGGAAAAGUACUACACACGAAACUACUUUGCGAGGAGAACAGCAUCUUGGAUACGGAGCAAAACAAUAGUGAAAACAAAUCAGUGCCACAGGAUGACGUGCGGCAUAUCAUGUGUCGAUAAGACACUAAACAAAUCGUUUUACCAUCUGGGAAUUUGCAUAGCCAGGCACCCUGGAUAUUUUAUUAUCAUUCCGGUGCUGCUGACGCUGCUCUGCAUGACGGGGUACCAACAGCUGAAGUAUCAAAUCGAUCCCGAGUAUCUAUUCUCGCCGAUUGCGGGGGAGGGCAAGACUGAGCGUGCCAUUGUUGAACAAUACUUCAAAGUUAAUUAUACGCAUCGUUUCAACGUCGGACGCAUAACGAGACCCGGUCGCUUUGGACGAGUCAUUGUGAUAACAAAAGAUGGCGAUGAAAAUAUGAUCAGGCGCGAGGUGUUCCAGGAAUUGCGCCAGCUAGACAACCUCAUCCAAAAUGCAACCACGACCUACGACGGGGAUACGUAUACCUACAAGGACAACUGUGCCCGGUGGGAAAACGAGUGCUUUGAGAACGAUAUUCUCAACCUGGAUGCGCUGAUGGAUGAUAUCGAAUCGGGUCAGCUGAAUUUGACAUUUCCUUUCAUGUUCAACCCAGUCACGUGGGAUGCCCACCUGUUUCCCGUCUUUUUUGGCGGCACCAAGCUGACAGAGGACAAUAUAGUGAUCAGUGUUCCGGCUAUACAGUUGGUGUAUUUCGUCACCGCAGACACCAAACGGCAGGACGCAAAGGGCGCCGAAUGGGAGGAAACCUUUCUGAGGGUAGUUGGCAAUGCCGAGGACUCGGGCCUCUUCAAGCACAUCUCGGUCUCGUAUUUUGCCUCCCGCACUUUGGACCACGAACUCGAGAAGAAUACGAAGACCGUGGUGCCCUAUUUCAGCUCAACUUUUCUGCUCAUGGGUCUCUUCAGCAUCAUCACCUGCAUGAUGGGCGAUGCAGUUCGCUCGAAGCCCUUUUUGGGUCUCAUGGGCAAUAUCUCGGCCAUUAUGGCCACCCUGGCAGCCUUUGGCCUGGCUAUGUAUUGCGGCAUUGAGUUCAUCGGCAUCAACCUGGCUGCCCCAUUCCUGAUGAUCGGCAUCGGCAUCGAUGACACCUUUGUAAUGCUGGCGGGUUGGCGGCGCACCAAGGCCAAAAUGCCGGUGGCUGAACGCAUGGGCCUUAUGAUGUCCGAGGCAGCCGUGUCGAUCACAAUAACUUCGGUCACCGACUUCAUUUCGUUCCUGAUCGGCAUCAUCAGCCCCUUUCGAUCGGUCAGAAUCUUCUGCACGUACUCGGUGUUCGCUGUUUGCUUUACGUUCCUGUGGCACAUCACUUUCUUCGCCGCCUGCAUGGCCAUUUCGGGCUACAGGGAGCGAAAGAAUUUGCAUUCCAUUUUCGGCUGCCGGGUCCAGCCAAUGUCGGUUGCAAUUAAAGAGAAGCGCAACUUCCUCUACAAGGCGAUCAUGGCGGGUGGCAUCGACCCCAACGAUCCGGACAACCCCAUCGACAACAAGGACCACAUGCUGAUGGCGUUCUUCAAGGAUAAGCUGGCCGCAGUAAUCAACAACAAGUGGUGCAAGGCGGUCAUCAUCUUGGCCUUUGCGAGUUACCUGGUGGGCGCCUGUUACGGAAUAACCCAAAUAAAGGAGGGCCUCGAAAGGCGAAAGCUCUCCCGGGAGGACUCGUACUCGGUGGAGUUUUUCGAUCGCGAGGACGAAUACUACCGCGAGUUUCCAUACAGAAUGCAGGUCAUUAUUGCUGGCCCGCUGAACUACUCCGAUCCCCUCGUGCAGGAGCAGGUGGAGAACCUGACUAGUACUCUGGAACACACCUCGUACGUGACCUCCAGGCGGUACACAGAGUCCUGGCUGCGGUCGUUCCUAUCCUUCCUGGAGCGCAACAACGAGCUGCUUAACGUGACUGUGGACGACGAGCAGACAUUCAUUGAUGCGGUGAAGGAGCACUGGCUGUUCCCCGGAAAUCCCUUCUCACUGGACGUACGCUUCAACGACGACGAAACCCAAAUCAUUGCCUCGCGAUUUCUCAUCCAGGCGGUUAACAUCACGGAUACCAACCACGAAAAGGAGAUGGUGCGGGAUCUGCGCCAGAUCUGCAAGGACUCGCCACUGAACGCCUCGAUAUUCCAUCCCUACUUCGUGUUCUUUGACCAGUUCGAGCUGGUCCGACCGGUUUCACUGCAGGCGAUGGUGAUCGGGGCCAUCAUCAUGAUGAUCAUAUCCUUCGUCUUUAUUCCCAACAUCCUGUGCUCCUUGUGGGUGGCCUUCUCGGUCAUCUCCAUCGAGCUGGGCGUUGCUGGCUACAUGGCCUUGUGGGACGUUAACCUGGACUCCAUUUCGAUGAUUAACCUGAUCAUGUGCAUUGGCUUCUCAGUGGACUUCACCGCUCACAUCUGCUAUACGUAUAUGUCCUCGAAGAAACGCAGUCCGAAGGCUCGCGUCCGCGAGGCCCUUCACUCCCUUGGUCUGCCUAUUGUGCAGGGAUCCAGUUCAACCAUCCUGGGCAUUGUGGCCCUUCUGUUGGCUCAGAGCUACAUCUUCCUGGUCUUCUUCAAGAUGGUCUUCCUGGUGAUUUUCUUUGGAGCCAUGCACGGUCUCUUCCUGCUGCCCGUGUUACUCUCGCUCUUCGGGCCCGGAUCCUGUCUCACCUGGACGGGCAAGGACGACGGUAGCGACGCAGAAGUGGACGAUAGCCUGGAUCACCGGAACCUGGAGAAGCCCUUCUCGCAGUCCUACUACAUGCAAUACCCAACCAUGGGCAUUAACGGCUCUUAUGGAUCGAAGGGCUUCAUGGGAGCCCCGUACAAGGCCUACGGCGUGGACGAGAAAGACCUGGGACUGGGCACCUCUGGCGAGGACUCCUCGGAAAGCAGCUCGAGUCGAUCGCAGCGCCGUCAGCAGCAGGUUGCCUCCGCAGAGGAGGAGGCUGUGGUCCGGGAGUCUCCCAGUCGGAGAUACGAGGACGGAUGGCGUCGCUCCUCCUACCAGAAUAUUUAUGGACGUGGCGCAGAGCAGUUCCAGGCCCAGCCCGAGCUCUAUGGCCAGCAGGUUUCAGCGGCCGAGUGGCGCCAGCGCCUAGAUACACACGAGCAGCAGCAGCGCCAGCGACAACGCAGGGUUCCGUACGAGAACUAUCACCAGGAACUGGAGAUGGACAUGCAGAGGGCGCGGCGCAACUCGCACGGCGACGUCAUCGACCUGCACGGAACGCCCAACUCCUCAGUGGACGAGCGAGUGCGACGGCAGGCGGAGCCAUUAAGUGCCGGCAGCGGCGACGACGGCAGCUACCGCCAUCAGCAGGAGGUGGCUAUGUCGCCCUCCAUUGGAGCCGUUCCCCCAGCUAAGCGGUACCACCGACGACGGUCCUCGGAGGAUUCGACCAACCGCCACCAGCGUUGGCCGGCCAACAUUGAGGAGCGGAGGGCACGACGCACCCACUCGCCUGCCCACAGUCGCCCAGAACCUGCCACGCCCAGUUACUCCUACCGCUCCUCCUCGCACCACAAUCUCUACCAGCCGAACGGGAAGGGGUCAAAGCAUCCGCCCACCUACCAGUAUGGCGACUACUUCCAGUAAGGGUCGUUAUGUGACAGGAUUAUUUCUAUAAUGUAUGGAGAGAAGUGGGGGGUCGACCCUUUAGUAAAGAUGUACCAAAAAGGAUAUAGUAUUUGGACAGUACUAAAACAAAGAAUUUGCAUAAUCAAAAACUGAAUGCUUCCUCGAGUUCUAAAUAUUUUUAUCGAACGUAUUUAGACCUUGAAUUGGUGUCACAGAACAGCUCACUGAAAACGAAAAUGUUUUGUGCUAUAAGUCAAAAUGUCUCAGAAUUGUCCAUAGAUUACUUUUUGAAUGGUGGUUACUUUUUUGGCAUCUAUUGCAAGCAACCCAUCCAGGUAUAAAGAAACACAGAGGGAGCAGAGCAAAUUUUCUUGUCAAACUUAUUUUAAGUUAGGUCUUUUUUUGAAGAAAUCACAGCUGUUUCUGUCUUCACUUUUCAUCGAAUAUCCAACUAUCUAUUCUUACACAAGCCACAGGAAUUAUUUUUGUUGUGAACUCAAAGUUUUGUAGUGGAUAAAGCCCAUUUGUCCCUUUAAUUUUAUUCAUAAUACCAACUCGAGUCAGACAACUUAAGGUACCAUCUCCAGACUACUAUACACCUAGUUUCAUGUAUACUUCUUGAGUCAGACUUUGGGUUCCCCACAUCAGUGUUUAUUUAAAUUAAUUUAGACUUAGUGCGAGUGCGUGUUCGAUUCUGUUUAAUAAUGUAUUGUAUAGCAAAAGCAACACUAAGUAUAUAUUUAAUAACUAUUAACUGAUAAGAAUGGCCGCAUCAAGGCCCGAGCGUAUGCCUAGGUACCUAGCGCUGUAAGACAUUUUGAACAAGGCUGUAAAGCGUUUACAAUGUUUUCUAUUUAAUAAAA